CAAAACCGGUGGCUAACACUUGGAUUUUCUUUUUGAAUUUAAAUCUAGUUAUUUAAUAAUCGUCAGCUUACCAGAAAAUAAAUAAAUGAAAAACCUUUAAUGGAUUUCCCAAAGACAAAACAGUGUCUGUGGGAUACAACAAGUACUGGUCCAGCAACUUACCUACAUUUAAAUUAUUACAGAAAACCAAAGAUUUGCAUCCCUGAGAAAAUAUUGAGGCUUGUCCAGCACCAGUGUGAACACUACUCACAAUGGAAUCACAAAUUAAUUGCUAGUUUAGUUGUUGAAGAUGACGAGGAAGGUGUCCAGUUUCAAGUGGAUAGGCUAGACACCCUGCAAGCUCAUCAAACUGAUGCAUCAUGCUUAGUACCAGGAGAUUUAAUUAUUCCAUUUGAAGUAAGCAAUAACAAAGCCAAAGAUCGCCAAGGCUCAGCUGAAUGUUAUGCAGAUGCUUUUAAUAAGUUACAUCAGAGAUGUAGCAGUAAAGCUAGCAUUGAGCUUUCCAGCUUCAUGGAGCUGUAUGGCUGGGCAUCAUUCUAUAGUAACAGCCAUACCUCAGUGGUACACAUAGAUUUUGAUAUGAUCACCUUGGAGACGGUGAUUAAGGCCACACCCAUCAACCCAAUUCCCAUUGUCUUAACAGCAUUAUCAAAAAAUCUGGCAGGUCCUAUGAGUUUAAGCCACAUGCAGGGAUUACCUAAAACUGGGUAUCUUACCAUGGAUCACACUAGGAAGUUGCUUCUUGUUUUAGAAUCUGAUCCAAAGACAUCAAAUCUUCCGGUUGUUGGGAUAUGGGUUUCUGGUGUGGAAUUGGUUCAGCAUCCUUUUGUUUGGGCUGCAUGUCUGCGCUACAUUCAUAAUGUCCAUCUCCAAGACAGAGUGUGUAAAGCCACAGAAGAGUUCCUCAUCCUGCUGUACACCCCUCUGCACUCACGACCUGAGUUUUACCAGGCCAACACAACCACUGACAAGCUUAACUUCCAGCUCUGCUCAGGGCAUGAAGUGACCAACAUGGUUAAGUCUCUAUCAAGUCCAUCUGACAACAUAACAGAAUUAGAACUUGGACCUGUGUAUGAUGGGGAUAAAAUGGUAUACUUUGAUGCAGCCAAAGCCAAGCAUUUGGUGUUUUUAGCCAAUAAAGCUGGGCACUUCUCUAGCUUAGCUGAAGAUCUACAACCACGGUCUGCCCCAGCCCCUCACACUGAAAAUAUUCCAGCCAUUGCUCCUAUGGUACCAGAUGUUUCCAUUCUGUGGAAUGAGGCUUCCCCACACUAUGAACCCACAAGCGGUAUGGCGCCUAAACAAGCCCAAAGUCACAUGAUGAGCCCAGCUAUGAAUUCAUGUCAAUCAAAUGUGAUGUGGAAUUCUCCAGGCCCACCAGACAAGCUGUUCAAGAGUCCAUUUUACACCCAACCCAAAGAUCCUUAUCAGACGCAGCAGAACUCGGCUACAGGAUUAAAAUAUUCACCCCAUCAAGAAAUCACGUCUGUGGUUGGUAGAAAAAGCUUGACCUUGUCCUCUGUUGGACAGGCCCAGCUACAUUCUCCUAGGUCAGAGACCUUGACCUUUCCCCAAAAUAGCAUCCCAAGGUCACAGGUCAUGACCACUGCACUACGCCAGGAAGUUCUGAGAUCAGGUGGUCCCAAAAGCCAGGCUAGCACCUCAGCUGUUGGCCACCAGAGUCCACGCUAUCCUGGUUCACCAUUGUCUCAGCAUUAUCCACACAACGCAGCAGCUGCAAAUAGUUCCACUGCAUCUAACAGUAUUAGUACUACUACUGCAGUCCAGAGCUAUGCACUGCACCCAACUACACCUCUAGCACAACACUACAUGCAGAAUGGCAGUGCAUCUAUAGCACAGAACUUUGUAUGCAGUGCUAAUUCACCUUCAGCGCAGAACUUUAUACACAACACUAGUGCACCUUAUACCCAGAACUAUGUACUCAACAAUAGUGCGCCUUCUUAUGUACAAAGUCCUAGUGCACCAUUUACCCAGAACUAUGUACACAACAGCAGUGCACCUUCUUAUGUACAAAGUCCUAGUGCACCAUAUACCCAAAACUAUGUACACAAUACUGCACCUUAUGUACAGAGUCCUAGUACACCAUAUAACCAAAACUUUGUUCACAACAGUAGUGACCCUUUUUGUGUGCAAAGUCCUCCUGCACCAUAUACCCAGAGCUAUGUACCUCACCCAGUAACAUCCUUAGCUCAGCACUAUGUACACAAUGCUCCUCCACUCAGUUCUGGAACACAUUCUAAUCAGAAUAAUGUACACACUCCAAGAAACCCCUCAAAUCAAAACCAUGUACCUGGUACUCCUACAAAUCAAGAUCAGAACUGUGCUUAUAAUGGACCUCAGUACUCACUAGUUCCAUUUUCUGGUUCACAACAAACGUCACCCAAAACAAGUAAUGGUAGCAGCAACACCCAACAGCCUGCCUAUGCUGAACCCAGGCACAACAACGCACAGUUUCUGAGGACUAUUGUGGAAGAAACGUUUUCUUCGCUAGAACCACAAGCUAAAGAAGACAGAUCUGAGAGUGAAAAUCACAGCGCACAUUCAGGGGAGAUGGACGAUGAUGACAGUGGUCUAAGUGUCACCCCGGACAAAGUAAACCCCGCCAAACAGACAGUGACGUCCCUUGGUCAAGACAACGCUAGACGAGACCAACUUCCUGUCUCUGAGUCCCUGAAAUGGGACCAGGUCCCCGCUGAUGUCCGUGCCUUACUUGUCCAGCAGCAGGAGCAGAUCAAACAGCUACAGCAGCAGAUACAACUUUUGAUGCUGGAGAAAUCCAAAGCUGCUGACCCCAGUCCUGUAGUGACACAAAUACCACCGUCCUCUGCUAAACAGAGCCCAACGCAGGAGAUUUCGCCUCAGCAUUUAGACUCUCUAGAACCAACCAGACCUAAAGAUACAGCUCCUAACCAAGUUGUGCGUCCAGUUCCCAUGGAGCCUUCAAUGAAUUGUACCAGUGUUGAUGAGCAAACUUCUCCCCAGGCUUCAGUGAUAUGGGCAGGGGAAGCUUCAAACUCUGGUGUGCAGGCUGAACAGACGAUGAACACAGGCCUGUCAGAGCUUGAGGUUGAUAUACCUGGUUAUGUUUCCACACAAGACAGGUCUCAGUUUAAUGAAAGCCCCUCAAGUGUCAGUGAUUAUUAUAGAAACAGCAAGGAUGAUUCCUACUCAACUGUAGCAGAAGAUGCUAGUGAUCCAAAGCAGUUUUAUCACCAGAUUAUGUCAACUAUCAACCGUAUGCUGCAUAACAGCAAUAGUCAGAGUAAUGAAGCGACCAAUGGUCUAAAUGAAUCCGAGAUGGCUUUACAAGCUUCUGGACUGAAUGGUGGGGGAUCUCUCAACACAACAAUGUCUCCACACAUCAACUACGUAUCCAUGCUGCUGGGGUGUCAUUCAGACAACGGCCAGUCAAUGGAAAUCAACGCCAUGGCCAUGAAGUACCUUAACGAUGAUCAGCUGACAGAAAUAGCUAAACUCUGCCAGUCAGGGGGUGGCAAAACUCACCAAAUCCAGUACGCCGCCAAGAUGUUUCAGAGAGUUAUCUCCUCCUGUGAUCAGUCUACAGUUUCCCCCAAUGAUAUGACAAUCGGGACGAGGCAGUAUUUAGAAAAACAUGGCCUGCUGGGGAAUGACACUUCAAUCAUCGCCCCUACUCUAAGUAAUCAAUCAUCUGUCCAGGACAUGUUCCAACUCAAAACAGAAUUCAGCAUGAUAACAGACGUUUCCAAUGGAAACUGGGGGUCGCCUAAUCCAAAGUAUAGGCAGACACCUAAUACUAACCCUGCUUUAAAAGACACGUUAAGCAAACAGAAAGAAAAUAUUUCCCCUUCAGUUGCAGGCGAUCGAAACGAGAAGUGGUUACCAGGUCGUGGUAUACCAAGAGAUCUAGGUGCGUCUCCUGUACUGCAUGCGCCUAAAGAAUACAAUGCACGUCAAGCACUUGAUGAUUCUUUUACUCGCAUUAGGUUGAAUCAGAACGAACAGCUUAAAAAUGAAGCGGUACAAAAAAAGAACUCUUCAGAAAGUCUUCAACAAAAGGAGGAUAAAAUACUGGACAUUGAGAAGUUGAAACAGUUGCCAAAGUUGUUAUAGCAAAGUAUUUACAUAGUGUGUUGUAGGGAAAACUUGAGGAAAUGUGAAAUCUUUGAAAGGUAUUGGUGCACUUACUUGAUUCUUUUUUAAUCUUGUCUCAAUAGCUGCCAAAAAACACUUUGUUUUACAGAUCUGUAUUAUCCUUUAUCCAGGAUAAAGUAUGAAAUUCAAUUAUUUUUUAGCUGUUAAUCAAAUUAUAAAUUUAACGUUAUUUAUUUAUUCAUACUAAUUUUAUAAAUUGAUAACAAUAUAUACUUAAAUUAAUUUUCUAUUUUAUUCUUGUUGAACUGGAAGAGUGUGCAAAGGUCUGUUAAAUACAUUUGCAUUUUUUUCUUAAAUGCCAUUUUAAAAGCAAUAAACUAGUUUGAUAAUGUAGUUCAAAGAGAGAAACAAAAAAAUCUGAAUGAUUAAGUUGUUGUCUCAUAACCUGUACAUCUAUAAUUACUUCAAUCUUUGAACAUCAGUUGAACUUUGUUACAUUUUUUUUUUAUGGUUAGCACAGGUUUGUAAAUCAACUCUAAGCUUGUUAUUGCUGAAUAUUGGAAGGUGGGGGGAACAACUGGAAUAUAGUCAAAAGCAAGUCCUAUAUGUAUUUGUUAAUUUUUUUUUUUAAAAGUGUCAGUACAUUAUAGGUACUGAUGGACUGCAUGAUCGGUAAAAUGUGCUUCAGAGCAGUCGUUAUUCGUUAUACAUCAGCCUGUCUGUAUUACUUAUCUAGCCAUUAAAUAAAUGAAAGAAAAAUUGUCCUACCUCACAGAUAACUACCGAAAUGUACAUGGUUUAUAUUUACAUUCUCAAAUUUAAAUGCUAUCACUGUAGCAAAUCUUAUCCCUUUUUCUAAUUGAUAACUCUUUUAGUUACAUUUUUCUUGUAUAUUUUUUUAGUUUUUGUAGCUGGGAUCAAUUUAAAUUUAAUGUAUCAAUUUAUACUAACUUUUAAAAAAUCUUCAUUUAAAAUAUAUAAUUUAUCAAUUUAACUUUUUAUCUAUAUUUACUUUUUCUUAUCAGACAUUUGAUUUGUU